AUGGGACUCUCAUCGAGUCACUUGUUGCUGGCCUUCGGAGGCCUGCUUCCAACAGCCUCGUCCAUCGCAAGUAUACUGGACAGAGCAAGAGGAGAAUGGGAGUACGAUGCACCAACCCACAGCUACCAUGUUGCCCCUACAUACCACACUCCAGGGCAUACACCUGGUCGCCAUGGCAACACCCAUGACGAUCAGAUAGGCGAUGAGGCUAUGGUCCAUUGGGCCUUUGCAGGCGACGAUCAGGUGAAGCUCGGCUCCCUCAAUGUUUUUCAACCGCCAUCGAGACCCGAGCCGCGUUACAGCUUCCGAGCAAGACUAGAACAGCGCCACCGCAGCUACGUGUACUCGGCGCCCAAACCAAAUCCCGCCGUGGAGAAACCCAAGAGCCUGUCCUCCACAAAAGCAAGCUCUGUUUUGUUCUAA